AUGGCAGAGAAUGUGGAUUCUGUGACUGCCAUCUGCCACACCAGUGCCACUGACGACAAAUGGUAUGUGAGUUACACACAGGUAUCCAACUAUGACCCAGACAGCAAGACGCUUAUCAUCCAAAGGGUCAGCAUCUACAACACACCACUUCAGUGUGGGAUGGAAAUCUUCCCACACAUUAUUGAGAGAAGUGAAAUGAUCUUUCUGACAGUUAUCUAUGGGCCCUCCAGUGUGCUGAUCAGGAGUAAGCCUGGUAACCUAAAUGGCGAACUGACUGCUGAGAUUGGUUCCAGUGGAGAUGGAGUAUAG